AUGGGCCAGGGCUUCUCGCUGGCGACGCCCUCGGCGGGCUCUGCCGGCAUCGACGUUCCCCAGCUGCAAGAUCUUCAAUACGAGCGGAGCAUUGGUGAUGCACGGUUCAUGAAGAGUAUCCGAGCCCGCGACGAGAACACGGUCGUGCUCGUCAAGGUGCUCGUCAAGCCGUUUGCCGACGUCAAGCUCGACCAGUACAAGAGACAAAUUCUAGAACAGCGAAAAGCCCUCGCCGCCGUCCCCAACGCCCUCGGCUUCCAGCGUGCCAUCGAGACGGAGACCAACGGAUACCUCGUCCGCCAGUUCAUGUACAGCUCGCUCUACGACCGCCUCAGCAAUCGCCCGUUCCUAGAGGACAUUGAGAAGAAGUGGCUGGCGUUUCAGCUUCUCUGCGCACUGCGCGACUGCCACGCACGCGAUAUUUACCACGGCGACAUCAAGGCCCAAAACGUGCUGGUCACGUCAUGGAACUGGCUCUACCUGACGGACUUUUCGUCGGCGUACAAGCCCGUCAUGCUGCCUGACGACAACCCGGGUGACUUCUCAUAUUUCUUUGAUACGUCGGGCCGGCGAACCUGCUACAUUGCGCCCGAGCGAUUCUACGCUGCUGGAGCGGCCCCGCCAGAGACGGCCAAGAUGACGUGGGCCAUGGACGUUUUCAGCGCCGGCUGCGUCGUGGCGCAAAUGUUUCUCGAGUCGGAGAUUUUCAGCCUCGCGCAGCUGUACAAGUACAGACGCGGCGAGUACGACCCCGUCAUCACCCAUCUCAGCGUCAUCUCGGACAAGGAUGUGCGGGACAUGAUUGCAAACAUGAUUCACCUGGACCCGGAGAAGCGCUACUCGGCAGACCAGUGCCUGGAGCUUUGGAAGGGGAAAGUCUUUCCGCAUUACUUUUACAACUUUUUGCAUCAGUACAUGGAGCUCGUUACGGAUCCGUCCUCGGGCAACAGCCCCAUGUCUGGGGCGCAAAAGAAUGAAGGCGAAUCUGACGACCGCAUCGAUCGCGUCUACUAUGACUUUGACAAAAUUUCCUACUUUCUCGGGUACCAGUCCGAAAAGAGAACACAGAACGACGAGCCUCGACCGCAGCCCAAGCUGGGGCUGUCACACUUUCCAGUACAGCUUAGCAUUCCGAAUAAUGAACAUGCAGUCUCUGCCGACCUGGAACCACCAGAAGAUGACGGAACACUGAUAUUCCUGACCUUGGUAGUUUCUGCCAUGAGGACAACAGCCAGGGCUUCAUCAAGAAUUCGAGCCUGCGACAUUCUCCUAGCCUUUGCCGAGAGAUUGACAGACGAAGCAAAGCUAGAUCGGGUCCUGCCCUAUUUAAUGGCGCUUCUGAAAAGAGAUGAGACGGAUAUUGUGGUGGUCUCCGUCAUACGCACUAUCACGCAGCUUUUGCAGAUGGUACACAUGGUCACGCCGAUUAACUCGCAUGUCAUCGCAGACUAUGUACUUCCUCGCAUGGAAACGGCACUUGGCUCAAAGGCUAAUGUUGCAAGCCCCUUGGUGCGCGCUACAUUUGCGUCGUGCUUGGGCAGUCUCGCCUCGAGUGCUCAGAGAUAUCUAGAGCUAGCCUCCAGUAUACGGCCGGAUGGCUCCAUGUCCAUUGCAGACCCCGAGGUCGAGGCCGGUGCAGAGGCAGACACCAAUUUCGAAAGCAUAUUCGACAAUGCUGGAAGGCAACUCUUUGAAAAGAUUGAGGGUUUUACCAAGCAGCUCGUCGAAGAUCCUGAUGUAUAUGUGCGACGGGCACUUCUUUCAUCGGUACCGGAGCUGUGCAUGUUUUUCAAGGAGCAGUCAAAUGAUGUGUUGCUGGCGCAUUUGAAUACCUACCUCAAUGACCGAGACUGGUCUUUGAAAUGUGCCUUCUUCGAUACGGUCGUUGGCAUCGCUGCUUUUAUCGGAAGCGUGAGCUUGGAGGAAUUUAUGCUGCCCCUGAUGGUUCAAGCGCUGGCCGAUCCCGAGGAAUUUGUUGUGCAAGCUGCCAUUCAUUCCUUGGCGCAGCUUGCUGGCCUCGGCCUACUGUCUCAAGCAAAGCUCUGGGAGCUGCUGGACCUGAUUGGGCGUUUCACCAUGCACCCCAACAUAUGGAUUCGCGAGUCUGCCGCUGAAUUUAUUUCCAUGUCGGCAAGUUUUCUCGAGCCAGCCGACGUGCACUGCUUCUUGCUGCCGUUGGUCAAGCCAUACUUGAAGAUUGCCCAUCUUCCCGACUAUAAUGAACUCAGCGUUCUUGAUGCCCUGAAAUCUCCGCUCACGCGACCCGUGUUUGAUCAAGCCAUAGCGUGGGCUACUCAGACCGACCGUGGGGUCUUCUGGAAGUCGUUACAGUCCGCUCGAUCCUUGGCUUUUGGAUCCUCUUCCACAUUGGCUGCGCGAACCAAAGAAUUGAUUUCGCCCGCCGCGAGCAAGUCAAACCGCAAUGACGAAGAUGACCAAUGGCUAGAGAAGCUACGAAAGUUGGGGAUGAAGCCAGAAGAUGAGAUGAAGCUGGUUGCUUUGCGAGAGUUUAUCUGGCGUCUCAGUACCAUGCGAAGCCGAGACUCUUCUCCAGCAGAGCCAAGUAUUUCUGUGGGCGUGAUUUCUUUGAAGGACCUGGGCGUCACGCCACAGACAGUCUUUUUCAAUGACACACCACUCAAGGAUCCUUCAAUUACUCCGGAUUUGGAGCCGCCGUCGGCGCAAUACACAAUCGCAGAUGCGCUGUUGGACGCCUCGAUGACUAUUGAUGAUACUGUCACGAAAAGAAGAAAGGCCGCCAAUGUGCACAAGAAUCGAGUUCAAAGCGUGGGUCCCCAUGAUGGCCGUAUUCUGUCACCCAGCGGAAGUGGUCGCGCCAGCUCUCGCGACUCCCACAUACUGUCAAAUGGCUCCCGAGAUGACGCGUCUGUCAACGAAGGGCCCUAUGCGCUGAGACGUGCAAUGCGUCACCAAACUAGUGCUCUGAGCCUUCUCGACCGCAGAGACGGAGGCAAGUCGAUACCCGAGACUGGGACCAGUGACGCGAAUGCUUUUGGGGAGAUGGAGGGUCCGUUUACGCAAAUGGUUCGCGCGCAGCCACCGGCCUCGGGGAAGAGCGCGGAAGUGCAGGUGGCGAAGCAACCAAAACACAGCUACGCAGGCAAUGAUCCAAGUAUCCAGUUCAUGCUUGACAAUAUGUAUGUCGACAAUUUCCCUCGCGAUGUGCUCGAAUUUGGGCCCAUGGUGGAGCCGAUAUCCAGGAGAAAGAACAGAGCUGUUCGCACACCAAACACGGAAGAGCGCUGGAAACCGCAGGGACACUUGGUGGCCACUUUCGGCGAGCACAGGGGCUCCGUCAAUCGCGUCGCCGUCUCUCCAGACCACAUGUUUUUCGUGACGGGUGGCGAUGACGGCACCGUCAAGGUCUGGGACACUGCGCGGCUGGAGCGCAACAUUACGCAUCGAUCACGACAAACGCACAAGCAUGCCGACGGGGCACGUGUGAUUGCGCUGUGCUUUAUUGAGAACUCGCACUGCUUUGUAAGCUGUGCCAGUGACGGCAGCGUCGAAGUCGUCAAAGUCGAUACCGUCUUGGCCAGUGGCGUCGUCAAGUAUGGCAAGCUGCGGAUUCUGCGCGAGUAUCGCCUGCCAGAAGGAGAAUAUGCCGUCUGGUGCGAGCACUUCCGGCAAGAGACUAGCUCUAUUCUCAUCUUGGCCACAAACAAGUCGAGAAUUCUCGGCAUUGACUUGCGAACCAUGGCGUUGCUUUAUAUCCUGGAGAAUCCAGUUCACCAUGGCGCGCCGACCUGCUUCUGCGUUGACAGGAAGCGACACUGGCUCUGUGUCGGUACGACGCACGGCAUUAUUGACCUCUGGGACCUGCGCUUCAAGACCCGGCUCAAGGCCAUGGGGGUCCCUGGAAAGAGCGCCAUCUACCGCGUCGUCCUCCAUCCGUCCAAAGGCCGCGGCAAGUGGGUGUGCGUCUCUGGCGGCGCCGAGCACGGCGAAAUCACGACGUGGGAUCUGGAAAAGUCGACGUGCCGCGAAAUUUACCGAACCGGCACCGUCAAAGAUGGCCCCAAGGAAUACGCCGUGUGGGACGUGGACAGGGAAAAGCCCGAGGGCGUCCUGGCGCGCUUCGCGACGACGCUCGACGUGGCUGGCUCUGCGCAUGCGGACCGCGGGGUGCGCGCCAUUGCAACCGGGAUCUCCACGGGCGAGGACUCGCGCGACAUUCGCCACGCGUUUCUGAUAAGCGGCGGCUCGGACAGGAAGAUGCGAUUUUGGGACAUUGCGCGAACGGAAAACUCGUGCGUGUUUAGCGGGCUGCAGCCGGAUGAGGCGCAGCCGACGUAUUCGGCGCCGAGUUUGACAACUUCGACGACGACGGUCAACACGGAGCGCUUUGCGAAGCACAAUGGGAGUAGCGCGGCAGCAGGGACGGGAGCGAGCGGGAGGGCCAAGACGUCGUCGGGUGCGGCGGCAAAUGGCCGGCCGGCGCGGUCGACGGUGAUUUCGCUACAGCAGCAACAGCUUUUGCAGUCGCAUCUGGACUCGGUUCAGGAUGUGGCGUUGCUAGAGUAUCCUUAUACGAUGAGUGUGUCUGUUGAUAGAUCGGGAAUGGUUUUGGUGUUUCAGUAG